ACCUGGAGGGCACAAAGUGGAGACACGUUGGUCUUUGUGUAUCUUGAACUCUGCACGUCACUCAGGCCUGAAGGAUUAGCAUUUGCACCUUUUCUUUGACACACUGCUUGGAUUCAUUCAGUGGACUACGCUUCAGUCUAUUUAAGCUGUCAUCCACCUAUGCACGGGAGUGUCUCAAUUUUCUAGCUGUUUAUUUCUACCUUGGUGCUGAUAGUAAAAGAUGAGACCUAAAGGUACGAGCCUGCUGCUACUGCUAUUGCUCGCCCAGAGGGCCGUUUCCAUGGGGACGCAUCCAAACGCCACAGGUUGGCAGCAGAUUCUAGACAAGUACCUGGAUGAGGAUGGCGACUGGUGGCAGGCCAAGCAAAGGGGGAGGAGGGCCAUCACGGACACCGACGCCCAGCUCAUAUUGGACCUUCACAAUAAGCUCCGAGGCCAGGUGUACCCCCCGGCCUCCAACAUGGAGUACAUGCAAUGGGACACUGAGUUGGAGCGCACGGCAGAAGAGUGGGCCGAGACCUGUCUGUGGGAGCACGGCCCUGCAAGCUUACUGCCCCAGAUCGGACAAAAUCUGGGAGCUCACUGGGGGAGGUAUCGACCCCCCACCUUCCAUGUACAAGCCUGGUAUGAUGAAGUGAAAGACUACUCCUACCCCUACCCUCAGGAGUGUAACCCCUAUUGCCCGUUACGAUGCUCUGGCCCAGUUUGCACACAUUACACCCAGUUGGUGUGGGCCACCAGCAGCCGGGUUGGCUGUGCGGUCAACAUGUGCUACAAUAUGAACGUAUGGGGACAGAUUUGGGCCAAAGCCGUGUAUCUGGUGUGCAACUAUUCGCCAAAGGGAAACUGGUUGGGUUAUGCACCGUACAAACACGGGACCCCCUGUUCCGCAUGCCCUCCCAGCUAUGGAGGCGGCUGCAGAGACAAUCUCUGCUACAAAGGGCACGACAACAACCUUCUACCAGAAGAAAGAGAAGAAAACAACUUUAUUGAGCCCGAGCAGAAGAUCCGGCCUCGGGUUUCCAAACCUGAGACUCCCAGUCUUCCUGUUCCUGCCCCCACCAAGCCCCCCACAGUGGUCCUGCCAAAGAAUGAAGUGGUCAACACACAGCAGAUGUCUCAGCUCGUAACCUGUGACACCAAGCUGCGGGAUCAGUGCAAAGGAACAACAUGCAACAGGUAUGAAUGCCCUGCUGGAUGCUUAGAUGCUACAGGCAAAGUAGUUGGAACAGUUUACUAUGAAAUGCAAUCUAGUGUGUGCCGAGCUGGUCUACACGCAGGAGUCAUUGAUAAUGACGGCGGGUGGAUGGAUGUAACAAGACAAGGGAGGAAGGACAUCUUCAUCAAGUCGAACAAAUAUGAAGUUCAGUCGCUGGGGAAAUACCAGAGUGCUAAUUCAUUCACAGUCUCCAGAGUAGCAGUCAAAGCGAUCACAUGUGAGACCACAGUCGCACAACUGUGUCCAUACCAGCGGCCUGCAAAGCAUUGCCCAAGGUUAUACUGCCCCAGGAACUGUUUGGAAGAGAACCCAAAGAUAUCCAGAGUAAUUGGCACCAGUUUAUACUCUGAUAAAUCGAGUAUUUGUCGGGCAGCGGUUCAUGCCGGGGUCCUUGGAAACAACGCGGGUGGUUACAUCGAUGUGAUGCCGGUGGACAAGCGGAAACUCUACAUGGCCUCUAACCAAAACGGUGUGGUCUCCGAAAGCCUUCAGAAUCCAGUCGGAGGGAAGGCGUUUCGGGUGUUUGCCGUGAUUUGAGUGACCCCACCCGACCCCCUUCUCAUCCCAUUGAGGGCGGCGUGCCCAAACAGAGAGCGCACUCUGGCUUGUGAAUAGUCGCUAAUCAAAGGCAGUGACUGAAACGCUUCUAGCCUUGGCUAAACCGGCGGGCGGUAGAGGUCGUCUCCAUGACAGCCUAAACAAACACUUUACACGCAUAUGAGAAGAAGCUGUCAGGACCCUCCCUCCUAAUGUUUUGCCAGCUUUAGUUAACUGUAAAUAUAUGACAGUAGCUCAUAUUCAUAUGUUUUGUGCAUACUUGUUCAUUGCUCAACACUAAUAAAUAAAAUAUAAUUAUUUCAUGAUUAUAAAGUAUGAAUAUAUAAUAACAAAAUGUAGCUCUUGAUAAAAUAAUCAUCAUUUUAAUACAAUUUAGAAUGGCACUUAAAGCUGCAUAUCAUGUUGACUGUCAGGCACAUUUUUACUUUUAUGUACUUUUUUUUUUUUUUUUAAAGUUUGGGCAACAAUCUAUUUUUAUAUGACCAGGCUUACGAUGUAUCAGAAUGCUGCUAUACUGUAUGUUGUUAUUUACCUAUGUUCGGAUAAUACACACUCCCUGCUGGCAGGAAGUACAGUCAACACUCAGAGUGUUUUAUUCAAAUCUUGUAAAUGUUUGAAGUGGUUUUCUUUCAAUAUUUGUACUCCAAAAAUGUCAUAUCUGUAAUACUGAUCAACACAAAUGGUUAUAUCUUGUGCAUUAUUCAUAUAUGUAUGUAUAUUUAGCUUUUAUCGGUCCCAAUUUAUUUGACUUGUUUGUCAUAUUCAGUAUACAGUAUUUUCCUAUCUCAGGUUAUUAGGAAAAACCCAUUUUGCAAUAAAA